AAAAAGAAAAAGAAAUGAAAAACCCAGAAAAUUCACACGUUUGCUCACAACUUUCCAGAUUAGGGUUUCUCUCUGUCUCGUUCACACACAAAGGCACUGUCUCUAUUCUACCUGGUAAGAUCUCGUUCCCAAUCUACUUGUUUUUGCUUUGGGAAAUGCUUCCAUUUGAUCCCUGAAAGUACUCUUCACAGUAGGCUUCUUUUAGGAAAAAAGAAAAAAGAAAGAAAGAAAGAACGUUUCUGUCAAAAACCCUAAAAGAAACGAAACGAAACGAAACCAUGGACGAGGGUGAUGGAGGGUACGGAGAGGGUACUGAUCAGAUGGAUCAGUUCCAUCGGAACGAGGCGAUCUCGGCGGUCGCCGACGAAGGGUUCCUCGGUGAGGAGGACGACGACUAUGAGGAUUUGUACAACGACGUGAAUGUCGGGGAGGGGUUCUUGCAGUCUUUGAAAAAGGGCGAGGAAGUAGGGUUUAGUAAUGAGGAAGAGAAGAAGAAGGUAGAGUUACCUUCUCCUAGGGUGGCACCGGAGGUGCACGAUGUUUCGAUCCCCGGUGUCGUUGAGGGGAGUGGUGGUGAGGCUAGGGUUUCUGGGUAUCAGAGUAAUCAAGGGUUUAGAGGGAAUGAGGUGAAAGGGCCGGUCGGAUCGGGUGGUGGUGGGAUUAGGGUUCAGUUAGGGCAAAGUGGGAUGAUGAGUAAGAGUCAGGUGAAUGAGGUAGAGGAGCAGAGUGGGAAUAAUAAUAGUAGUUUAAGCGCUCAAGGGAUUGGUCGAGGGCAGCUAUCACAUGGUGGUGGUGUAGGGAAUGUGGGGAAUGAGGGUUUGGUGAGGCAAAGUGGUGGUGUUGGAGUAGGAGGAGGAGGGAAUGUGAAUGGGAUUGGUGUAAAUGGGGUUGGGAAUAGUGGUAGUGGUGUUGGUGUUAUGGUGGGAGGAGGUGGUAUAGGUGGUGGUGUUGGAGGAGGAGGAGGAGGUGGUGGUGGUGGGGGGACAAUAUUGUUUGUGGGUGAUUUGCAUUGGUGGACGACUGAUGCGGAACUGGAAGCAGAGUUGUGCAAGUAUGGACCAGUGAAGGAGGUGAAGUUUUUUGAUGAGAAAGCGAGUGGGAAGUCGAAAGGGUAUUGCCAGGUUGAGUUUUAUGACCCUGCUGCUGCCACGGCGUGUAAGGAGGGAAUGAAUGGGCAUGUGUUUAAUGGGAGACCAUGUGUUGUUGCGUUUGCAUCGCCGUAUAGUGUUAAGAGAAUGGGGGAGGCUCAGGUGAAUAGGAAUCAACAGACGACACAGUCUACGCAGGUGAGGAGGGGACCUAAUAAUGAUGCUGGGGGUAAGCCUGGUGGGAACAACAUUGCAACAGGUGGGAAUUAUCAAGGUGGGGAUAGUAAUAGAGGUUAUGGGAGAGGGAAUUGGGGGAGAGGUAAUGCACAGGGGGGAAUGGGGAAUAGAGGGCCGGGUGGACCAAUGAGGAAUAGGGGUGGUGGAAUGGGAGGGAGAGGUAUAAUGGGGAAUGGUGGGAAUGGGUUUGGUCAGGGUAUUGGUGCAACCCCGCCUUUGUUACAUCCUCAGUCAAUGAUGGGUCAGGGUUUUGAUCCUGCAUUUGGUGGGCCUAUGGGGAGAAUGGGUAGCUAUGGAGGCUUUCCUGGUGCUCCAACGCCUCCAUUCUCAGGCAUUUUGUCUUCGUUCCCCCCUGUGGGAGGUGUUGGUUUGCCUGGAGUUGCCCCUCAUGUGAAUCCAGCAUUCUUUGGAAGAGGGAUGCCCAUGAAUGGAAUGGGAAUGAUGCCCACGGCUGGUGUUGAUGGGCCUAACAUGGGAAUGUGGUCAGAUCCUAGUAUGGGUGGAUGGGGUGGUGAGGAGCAUGGUGGUGGUAGAGCUGGGGAGUCUAGUUAUGGGGAGGAAGCUGCAUCCGACCAUCAAUAUGGUGAGGUCAGUCAUGAUAGAGUGGGUUGGCCGAAUGCCAUGAAGGAAAAAGAUAGAGGUUCGGAAAGGGACUGGUCUGCGUCGUCUGAUCGAAGGUAUCGGGAUGAUAGGGAUCCAGGUUAUGAUAGGGACAUGCCUAGAGAAAAAGAUACGGGAAAUGACAAUGACUGGUCAGAAAAAAGGCAUCGUGAUGAUAGAGAAAUUGUUCGAGAGCGCUCUCGGGAGCGUGAUCGGGACAGAGAACGGUCUCGAGAGCGUGAUCGUGACCGUGAGAGGGAUCGUGAUAGAGAGCGUGACCGUGACAGAUACAGAGAAGACAGAGAGAGGUAUACUGAUCAUCAUAGGUACAGGGACCGUGAAGGGGAUCAUGAGGAUGAAUGGGAAAGGGGCCGUUCAUCUAGGACUCAUGGCAAGUCACGUUUAUCACAAGAGGAGGAACAUCGUUCAAGAUCAAAGGAUGCUGAUUAUGGGAAGAGGCGGAGGCUUACCUCUGAGUAACUGAAUCUUAUGCUUCUUAUAUUUGGAUGCUAUCAAUCAAAAAAGCAAAAGAGGCAGAAACGAAACAAAAAUUCAUCAUGCUUAUUUGGACUCUCCUUCAAGUGGUGUUCAUGGGUCCUUGAUUUGCUGAACUGCUGUUCUCAUGUCAUUGCCUCAAAUUUCUUGAUUGCUUCUUUACCACAGAAGUGUGCGCCAAGAAAUCUUGAAGGACAUUUGAUCAUGGGGAACCGAAACUUUUCAGCAGAACUCCGGGGUUGCCUUGGAGAUAAAAAGAGGGCUUCUAACUUCUACAUGGGAGAGACUGCAUGGUGUUUACUCUUUUGCCUACAUUGAUGCUGAAGUCGGAACUUUUCUUUAAGAUUUUAGCUUCCUUUUCUUUUAUGUUUUAGUUAAUUAGCACUUGAUGAGACCGAUGUUGUGGAUGAUGUUAUGGCUUGACAUUGCUGAAGUCUAAAAUGUGGCAGAUUUUUCUAGACUUGAUGUAUGAAUGGUGAUGUAAUAGGAUUUAGCUCAGAGGAUGUUUGUAAUGUGCCUGUUCUGAUUGUGUAGUUGUUGUAUCGUUUUGACCCCUUUUUGUUCCUGAGUAUACCAUGUUAACCAUGCCUUUUUUUCU